AUGUUUUAUAGACUGCUAUGCAAUUAUCUUAUGCUGUAUUCAAGAUCAGAUGAUCUCUUAAAUGGUUCAAUUUAUGCUAAUACAUCACAAUUCCAAAUCAUCAGCUUUCUCUCUCUGGCAUAAUACUGCUUUAUCUAUAAAAAUGCAUUUAAUGUGCAUCUAAAUACUCAAUUCCAAUAAAAGUGUAAAAACUCAUAAUUAAAUUAAAUGUUUUUGGGGCGAAGAAUAUUGAGUGCAUUUUGCUCCUAAGCCUAAUAUAAUAUACCAAUUUUCACAUCGAGCAAGAGUCCGCAUGCUAAUAAACAUCUUGAUGAUGUCCUUUUAGAUCAGAUGGUCAAAGGAUUUAAGAAAGCAUAUACAGACAAAUUUUUAUUGGACUUUAAAAAAGUGGUCCUACCUGCAAAGAGAGUUAGAUCGUUGGAUGAUCAUAUAAUUGGUCUAUGGAAAUAACAUGAAGUGGCGGUUGUGAUUGAAGGAAGAGAUGAAUUUGAGGAUAUUGAUAUAGUUUUAGAUUACUAUUAAGUGGCAGCAGUGAAAAGAAGGAUUUGUGCAAAUGUAGCUCCAAUUUACAUCAGAAUUCCUGGACAUGAUGGAGACAUCCGUUGCACUCUGGGUGAAAUCAUUAAAGAUCCUAAAAGUGGUUGGCCUUUCAAAGUAACUCUGAGAAGAUACAUAGUAGGCAGACCAAAUCUAUUGUACGUACCAAUUGCUAUAUUGCCUAAUAACUCUAAUGCAGCAUUAGUAAGGGGAACAGAUUAUGAUGUACAUAUUGAAGGAGUUUGGAUAAAUUCAUAUAAUGCCACUUAUCCCACUAAAUUCUUUGUUGAUGCUAAGAAUCUUAAGACAUACAGACCGUAUAAAUUGGGAGAUUUAUAAAAUACAUUCCCAUAAGGAAUAUUAUUGCAUGAAAGAUACAAGAAACUAAUCCAUUGGAAUGUUGCAACUCUGGCCAGAGAUGAAGAUGAUAAAUUCUUUGAAGAAGCUGAAUUCUAAAGAUCAAAAAAAGAUGAUGAUUUAUUGAUCUAUAGAAAACCAGAUGAUGAAGGUGAGGAAACAUUGGAAGGAGUAAUGUUGUAUUAAAAGAAAAAAGUAACCGUGGAGAAGACUUAAAAAAAGAGAAAGGAAAAGUCUCUUAAAAAAAAAGUCAAAUAAGCAAAUCAAGAAUUAUAAAAAGAAGUAGCUGCAGCCAAAGAAGCUAAGGAUGCUGCUGCUAAAGAAGCUGCGGCUAAAAAAUGAUCAGUUUAUAGUAUAUAUUCAGUAUAAUUAUUAUGGUUCAUAGACUUAUCAAA